CUUUUACUUUUCCUUGCCAGAUUCCUCCCCCUAUUUCUCUCUCUCUCUCUCUCUGAAUCUUUCCUCUCUCUCUCUCUCUCUCUCUCUCAUGGCGGAAACUUCCUCUCUGCGCUUCUCUCCAUUCCCAUGGGUCCCGUCGAUUUCUCGCUCCAGAGAACCCUCUUCUUCCCUCCCCGCAUUUACUCCCUCUCCCAAAUCCUCAGCUUCUCGUCCUCGGCCCUCCCGUCUCCUACGUUUCGCAGCGAAAGCUUCCGAUUCCGGCAACUCCUUCGCCGAAGAAUCUUUUGGCUUCUUUCCAUGGAAUGAAGGUGAUAGCGAAAUUCAAUGGGUUCCUGAGGAGAGAGUAACGUUGUUCACUGCUGAUGGUCUCAUUCAGAUUGGAGGCUCCAUGGUCCCUCGGCGUGUCUCUUCGUCGGAAAGGAAGCAAGGAGGAUCAAAAGCUGCUCAAAGAUUUCAACGCUUUCAAGAGAGCGAUUACAUGGAUCCAAAACAGGGCCUAUGUCUGGGGGCACUCUUUGAUAUUGCGGCUACAAAUGUAAGCAGAGUACCCUUUGCUGUUCUCUUACCAGCCUCAGUUUAUCUCUUAUUAAUGUUGAAACUUUUCAUUCAGGGACUUGAUAUGGGCAGAAGACUUUGUAUCUUUGGGUUUUGCCGUUCCAUCGAGAUGCUAAGUGAUGUUGUGGAAGACACUGUCUUGGAGCAUGGUGGGGAGGUUGUCGCUGCCCAGAAGGCAAGCAAAGGUGGUUUGCAUGAGAAGCUAACCAUGACAGUUGCAGUGCCAUUACUUUGGGGGGUUCCUCCUGUGUCUGAAACGCUUCACCUUGCUGUCCAAAGUGGUGGAGGGAUUGUUGAGAAGGUCUAUUGGCAAUGGGACUUUUUGUAGAUGCAUAUAUUUGAAUUCUUCCCACCGUCAUUUGUGCAUUUUGUACAUAGAUUUGUUCUGUUCCUACGCACAAAACCCAAAUGUUGUACUGAUCAGUUCUUAUUAUCACAUGCUGUCAAUAUCUAAUUGAUUAUUUAGUUCGUUCCAUCA